AUGCGCAGAAGGUAUGCCGUCUUCCGGGCCCGUCAGCACCCCUGGGAAAUCCUGCUGAUCUCGAUGCGUGGGACAGUUGCGCUGCUGUGGCCAGAGACCGACCUGUCAAAGCCCACAAGGACUGCAUCGACACAAGCAUCCUCACCGUCCCCUGCGCGGUUUCAUCUGCCUGAGAAGCGCUAUCACGGCAUCCCGUCAGGGCUUCUGCCCGUGCUGAUUGAUCUGUACUUUACCUACUACUACAACGGCCACCUCCUCAUCCACCGCCCCUCCUUUACCCAGGCUCUGGAACGUGAGACCGUGCGGCUGGAUCUUGUGCUGAGCAUCUGCGCCUUGGCUGCAAAGUUCUACGUCGACGAGAGAGGAUCGGCCUCACUUGUCGAAGCCCAAUUUUGCCGCGAAUGGGCCGAGGCGGCAGGUCGGAUGGCGCUACGAGAAUAUGAAUGCCCAAGUCGCCAGAAUAUCAUCGUCUUCCUCAAUCUGGCGCUGUACUGGUACACCGGAUGUGCAUACAAUACCGCCUGGACACUUGGUCUCCCUUGUGCGCAACAAGAAAUCGACGAGCCGAUGGAGUCGGAGCAGCGACGCCGCGCGUUCUGGGGCUGUUAUCUGCUCAAUUCAUUUUCCUGGGCCAGUCUUUUCCCCCGGGUGCCCACGGAUGCCAUGCUGAAUAUCAAAUUGCCCUGUCCGGAGUCGAAGUUCAAGGCCGGGGCUCCGCAAUGCUCCAUCACCUUGAGAUCCGGCCAAGGGACCCAGAGCAUCUUCGCCGAGUUGGUCCGGGCCAUGGCGACCUGGUCGGAGGUCGUGGCGCUGAUCGGGAAACCCGAAGCUGAUCUGUCCACUCGCCUAGUUGGAAUCCAAGCGCAGGAGGCGCGCUUACAGGAGGCGUUUUCCAAGAUCUCGGGCGAGUUCCAGUUGAGCUGUGAGAGCAUGCCGUCGACAGCCCCGGACGACUUAGCCAAUCUGCUCCUCUUGCACGUCAUCUACCAUCAGUGCUGGUGCUCCUUGCAUUCGUCCAUCGUGCCGCUCUUCUCCUGGAGCGACGGCGACGACAACUACUCGUACGCCCAACAACUCUCGGGACAAUUGGCGCUGGACCACUCCUACGCCGUGUCGGCGCUCCUCGAGACGGCCCUGAGCCUGGAUUGGGACCCUCGAAGAAUGCCCAGCUUCAUCGGCUACGCGGCGUACUGUGCCAGCGCGAUCCAGACGCCCUUCCUAUGGUGUUCCAACGUGAGCGUCAAGCAACACGCCGUACGCAGCAUGCUGGCAAACCUCAAGACAUUGCAAAUCCUGGGAAACCACUGGGUCUUUCUCAAAGUCUUGGGAAGAUACGCGUAUCGCUUGUACAAAGCUCACCGCAACCACCCGUUCCCGCUGACCGAUGAACCCGCGAAGAUGGGCCCGGCGGCAAUGAAGGGGUUCAAGGCCACGAAUCCCAGAGCGCGCCAGUCGAUCUUGACUCACAACACCAUCAUCGUCAAUGAAGAGGGUUCCUUUGCCAGAGGCACCGAAGACAUUGGGGAUCUCGGCCUGGAGGAAGACCCCGCGACGGCUGGAGUCCGAGCAGCCCCGGGCCCAGGUGCAGGCGCAGGGGCAGUUGCAGGUGCGGGCCCCGAGGACGAAGAAAGCCUCACCAGUUUCAUCUCUCAGAUCUCGCGCGAAGAAAGAGCGGCGCCUGUAGACGGCCAACUGGCGUUGAUGCUGGAUCCUCUGUUGCCUCCCGACGAUCUGGCCGCCUACGAAUUUGGUCGCUUUGGCGGCGCGUUUGACUUGUCCGGCGAAGGAGGGGAUUUGGAGUCGUUUGGCCAUGUCGAGGAUUGGAUUUCGGAGCUGUUGAGAGAAGAAGUGCCGUGAUAUCAAGCACCCCGCUGCAAGCACGAGUCGCCACUGUUAUACCGGGAUCCU